AGGAGAAACAACCUAAUACUGAAUCUAUUGAGUAUGAGUGGUGCAUCGUCAUUUCCUGCAGUCAUGCAGUUUGUGAAAAUUGCAAGAAAUCCCAUCCAUUGUCAUGACAGUCUUCUACAGGCCUCCAGCAGUGCCUGUGGGAGAGAAAAAAAAGUAUUUAAAACUCUGAAAUGCUCAAGCCCAGCCCUUGUUUAGAACAACAACAGUUCAAUGUAUAAAAUGUUGCGGAUGCAACAUAAGCAACAAAGAGAAAGAGAGAAAUAAACAUCACACACACAUACACAAAACACAUUAUUUGAGUCCAAAUGGUCAAUGGUCAUUAGUAAUAAUACUUUACACGAAAUGACUUUAAAUUAAAUGACUAACAGCUUUGUUGUGUAGUACAAUGGUUAAAAGCAAAUUGCUUGAAAAGAAAAGAAAAGAAAAAGCCUAUAUUUAGCCUAUCAAAUUACAUCACUGUACAUCUUAAAGUUAAAAAUAAAUGCAAUACUUGUACCAUGUAGUUCCCUAUAAAAGUCUAUAGAAGGCUAUGGCCCUAUGGCUUGAGGUUAGUUGCCAACGGUUAGCAGGAGCUUGCGUGAGACAAAGUUAAUCAAUUUAGGACAUGUUAACCCAGGAAGUGGUUAUGGGUUUCAUGGGAAAAAAAGACCAUGUUUUCACCGACCUGCACUGAGUGCCACCUCCAAAAUUUUUGCCACUUUUCUUGAUGACUCCAGAACCCAAACAUGCUGUUUAACAAUAUGCCUUGAUCACAAUGACAUUAACGUGUCCUUUCAUUAAACAAAUUAUCCAAUAUGAAAGAAACUACCUAUUCAUCGAUAGCAAAUUACUGAUCCUUGAAAGUUUAUGUCUGAGGAUGUAAAUCUGAAAAUGCCAAGUCACUUUAAGUCUGUUUAUGAUAUAGACACAGGCAAAUAUUUCUAAUGGAGCCUUUUUUCAGCCUCUUGUCCUACCAGGAUUUGAUCUGCUUAGAUUAAGAAAUGUGUUGUGGGGGCAUGAGGCUGUCAAACCUUUUGGCAAAUAAGAUUGAUCACGUGCAUGCUUCUAGAACACUUUGUUUAGUAUAUAAGCACUGGAUACAAACGACAAACUAGUUUCCCUUAGUUAAAACAUAAUCCAGAUACUUCCGCAUAGGUUAAUCUAACAAGAAUUGUGAUAUUGGGCUGCAAAAUUUGCAAACCGGCAAAAAAAUAAAAAAACAUAAAACCGUAACAAAACUAUAUUUUGUUUAAUCUCAGUCCAAAAUAUCUAAAUUGAGCGUCAGUAGUUUUGUUUCAGAAAAUUACAUCACUUAGGCUAAGUUUACAUUUUACAUUCAUUGAUUUAUCCAAAGCGAUUUACCAACUGAAACAUAAUGGGGCAAUUUGUCACAGAGCCAACAACAUUCAUAGUAGAUUUCACAAUGCCAGGUUGAAUCUAGGAAACAAGCUAGAGUAGAGGUAAAGUGUUAGGCCUAUGUGAUAUUAACAAACUAGAGCAGAUGUAAAGUUUUAUGUGAUAUUAAGGUAUUUAGUAGCAUACUUACUCUAAUCCUCACUGUUCAAACAUUGCGGGUAUAUGCUCGGUAACAAAGCUUCCACUUGAAAACAUCUGGUAUCAGGAAGCGUUUUAGCCUACUUCAAAUAUUUACUGAGAACGACGUAGAUCCCCAUCGAAGAGAGCGAGAGAGAGAGAGAGAGAGUAUCCUUCAUAGUUAAUUAUACAAACUUUUAAUUUGCAUUUUGUCUUGCACGUUAUUUUGUAGAUUAUUUUGAAAAGGGCUUGAUAGAAUAAUAACGUAUUUUAUUGUCUAUUUCAUUGAGAUUUUCUACUAUCGUUGAUGACCUUAUAAAAUAAGGUACCCCUUAAAAUAAGGUAAAAUAAGUGCAGAGGAGCUGAACGUUUUUUAAAUCAGUGUUUCUUAAGUUAAGAACAUUAAUUAAUAGAUUUUCGUGUGGGGGGAGGGGAUAUGUGAUUUCAUUGUGUUUAUGUGCCAUACUAAUUGUACAGCUGUCUUUUCAUACCAAAUGAAGUAGAUUUAAAAAAUAAAAAUCUGUCAGUAGCAGGAGUAACUUAUUUGACAAAUACUGGAGGAAGACUGAUUCCCUCUCAUUAUUUAUGAAACCAACAUACAGAGAGAAUGCACGUUCCUGUGCAGGAGUGGCAAAAGGGAGGUUCUAAUUCUAAUAUAGCCUACAUGUUUUGAGAUUGAAGCUCAGAGCCACUGACUUUAGCGAACACAAUGACACUGAUGUAUAACAGCAGCGACUUCUCUCUUAAGAGAGGAGUUGCUCGAGAAAGUUCCACGGAUUUGUCUGUCAAUUCUGGAUCCUUUCGAAUAAACCCCAAAGUUCCAUUGGGUAAAGGUAAUCAUGUGACAUUCAUUCAGCUUGGCUGAAUUAUUUUUUGGUCCAAUUUCAACUUAGUCUCCUUUUAAAUGCAAUAUUGUCGAUAGGCGAUCCACACACGGGCAUAAUUAGUUAUUACAAAAUAAUAUUAAUGUAAUUGUUUUCUCCACAUAGCCUACUUAUUUUAACAGAGAGCGAAAACUCGUAGACUUCAACGAAGCCAUACUUUCCAUGCUCGCGCUCUCGGGCGUAUGACAACAGGUUUGCAAUGAAUUACGAGUUUGAACGUGAGACGGGUUUCAUCAAUAGUCGGCCAUCUCUCGAGGAGUGCCUUACUGCUUUCCCUCCUGUUGACGACUCAUUUCAGAAGUCAUCAAUCAAAAGCUCAGCGCCCACGAACCCUCACCCUCUUAUCCUACCUCCUCUCGAGCCUACCAUCCCAAGCUUGAGUCUCUGGACUCAGUCACGCCUUGCAGGGCCCCGGCAUAAUUUAGAUGGGGGAAGCCCACUACACGCCAAUUCUCUGACCCCGGAUUACCCAUGGAUGCGCGAAAAGAAGACCAACAAGAGAAACUGUCCUCUUAUACCAACCGGCUCCCUGACUCCUACUGCGGGAGUCAUUUGCUUCUCUCCAAAAGGCUCACCCGAGCUUCCCGAAGGCGGUUUGUCUAGUGGAGAAGGAGGUUCACGCCGCCUGAGAACAGCAUACACAAGCACACAGCUUUUAGAGCUGGAGAAGGAGUUCCACUACAACAAAUACCUUUGCCGACCACGCCGUGUGGAAAUUGCCGCGCUUCUCGACCUUACAGAACGCCAGGUCAAAGUGUGGUUCCAGAACCGACGGAUGAAGCAUAAACGCCAAACCCAGAUUAAAGACAUCCACGGGAAGAUAAAUCUCGACGAGGAUAAUGGUGCACAGAGCGACGAGGACGCUUCGAUUUGUGGCCUGAGUCAUGGUAGAUUAAGGGUAGAUAGAGAUUCGAACUCUUUUCAGAACAACCUGUCAACAGUCUCUGGGCAGUCCUUUAAUGAUAACGACAUGCAAACGUUUGAAAUGUUUUUGCUUAAUGAAAAGUAGUCUUAAAUAUGUUUCCAGUCAGUCACCUACUGACAAGGGGACAAUAAUAUGCAAUAGUAUCCGUUGUGCCAGUCCGGACAAUUGCGACAUGAACAUGUCUGUGCAGGACUUAACCUUUUUUUCGACCGACUCAUGUGUGUCUGAUGCA